CCCUAGACCUCUCCAGUCCAGUCGGCACCUAGAGACCACGGAGGAGAUGUCUGCUCCCAUGGGAGGCCCUGCCCUGCUGUGGAUAACUUUUCUGCUCUUCUCUCUGGAUGGUAUGUCAGCAGGCACCCGGAAAUCUACGGUGUCCUUGAAUCCCCCAUGGAAUAGAAUACUUCUAGGAGAGUCUGUGACUCUUAUAUGUAAUAAGGAUGAGCCCGUUGAAGGCAACUCCACUGAGUGGAUCUACAACAACACAACUUUAAAUGUGACAACUAUGAGUUUGGACAUCGUGAAUGCCAAAUCCCAGAAUACUGGGGAAUAUAGAUGUCGGAACAAAAAAUUUAGCCUGAGUGAACCUGUCUACCUAGAAGUUUCCAGCGAUUGGCUGCUUCUUCAGGCCUCUGCUCAGUUGCUGAUAGAGGGUAAGUCCCUCCUUAUCAAGUGCCAUAGCUGGAAGAAUUGGGAAGUCUACAAGGUGAUCUACUACAAGGAUGGCAAACCCCUCAAGUACUGGUAUGAGAACCACAACAUCUCCAUUGCCAAUGUCACAACAGAAGACAGUGGCUCCUAUUACUGCGAGGGCGCUUUUUACCGUAAGCCGGGAAGCAUACGCUAUACCUCUGAUCCCUUCAACAUUACUGUAAAAAGAGAUCCCCAAAGCAAAUACUACCGGCUACAAUUUCUUUUGCCGUUGUUGGUGGCGAUUCUCUUUGUUGUGGACACAGGACUGUUUAUCUCAACCCAGCAGCAGUUAACAUUUCUCUUGAAGGUUAAGAAGACCAGGAAAGGCCGCAAACUUAUGGACCCACAUCCUAAGCCAGACCCCAGAAAGAACUGAUGCACUGCUCAAGAAACAUUUGCAACAGCAAUUUCUGACUAGCAUCAGCAAUUGCUUCUCCAUUGUCAAACACAACUCACAAUGUACAUGGAAAGGUCUAUGC